UUUUGUUGGUUGGUCCAAAAGCCCAUCAGUAAUCUUAAAUAACUUUUAAGAUUUUUAAAUCGGUACGGUUUUUGAUCUGGUUGGAUAUACCGAAUAAAAGGUAUCUUUGCAAGUGAGGAAUAUGCUACUCAGAAAUAGGUUGUUGAAUUAUUUAUUGUCAAGCUUACCUUGUCGGCAAUAUAACCAACAAAUAGCUACUCUCAAGCAUUUUGCACCUCCAGUUGAUUAUAAAAAUGUUGUAAUACCGGAUAGGCCGAAGCUUCGUUUUAUGGACAAGGUACCAACACUGCCAUCAAAUCUAAAAGCCCCUAAAUUGCAGAAAAAAUUGAAGUUAAUGCGAGGGCCCGAAUUAGUUCACAAUUCGUUGUUGCAUAAGCAAUAUGGGAUUGUGGCCACCGGAGGUGGUCGGUUACGAUGGGGCCAUUUUGAAAUGAUGCGUCUAGGCAUUGGUCGUAAAAUGGACACUAAUAGAAUGUUUGCCCUUUGGCGAGUAGAAGCACCGUGGCAACCUAUCACAAAAAAGGGCCAAGGUCAGCGAAUGGGCGGCGGCAAAGGGGCUAUAGAUCAUUAUGUGACGCCAGUUAGAAGCGGGCGUGUGAUUGUGGAAAUGGCCGGAAAGUGUGAAUUCGCUGAGGUUAAGCCAAUUCUAGAAAUAGUUUGCCAUAAAUUACCCUUCAAAGCAAUGGUCGUGUCGCACGAUAUGUUGGAAGAAAUGAAAGCCAAUGAAGAGCGAUUGCAAAAGGAAAAUUUAAAUCCAUAUACGUUCAAAUACAUCAUACAGAAUAAUUUGGGAGGGUGUCACAAAUGGCUCUCUCCGGUAGACCACAAAUGGUUCGGAAAAUACUUGUAGAUGCAAUAAAAGAUUUAAACAAUAGAACUAUUUGUAGU